CGCAGCCCGGAAGUCUCUGGAACCAGCCUCCUACUGGGAAGCGAGGUUUUUACCGUUUGUUUAUGGCCCGAGUACUGGGCCGCCGGCACCUAGGCGAUGCAGUUUUUCCAUCCGAACUUCGCAGAGGACCUUUUAGUUAGUCCUUUAUUGGAGGAGUCCUACUGUGUGAGAAUAUACAUCUGAACAUCUGUCUUGUGAAUGCUGGCCUCUGAGGAUGUUUUGUCUGCAUUCUUACUUAUAUGGUGAAGUCUUCUGAGAAUACUGUGCUGGGAAUGGAAAUCAGGACCUUGCACUUGCCAGGCAGGCGCUGUGCCACUGAACUAUAUCCCCAGCCCUAAAAGGGACACCCCUGUGCUUUCUUAGAUUGCUUACAAGAGACACACAAACUCUCUGCUGUCUUAGCCGAGACUCGUCAGGCUGGUUCUGCUUGGAUCAUCCGUGACUUCUUUCUUCACCGCGAUCUAGCCUACAGAGUCACCGAUGGAGCUGAGGGAGCCACUUCACUGCAGACUCCGAUCUUCACAAGGCUCUUCCUUGCUGGUCAGCAAUGUAUCCGCUAGCUGUGGUGAGGGCCAGGAAAAGAGCUUGUGUGCAGCCCUGGGUUACUGGCCUCAUCAGCUUCCUAGCCCUGAUUGUGCUGGCCGUGUGCAUUGGACUCAUUGUUCAUUACGUGAGAUACAAUCAAAGGAAGACCUACAAUUACUACAGCACAUUGCCAUUCACAAGUGACAAAGUGUAUGAUGAGUUUGGAAGAGAGGGUUCCAAAAAUUUCACAGAAAUGAGCCAGAGAAUUGAAUUAAUGGUAAAAACCGCAUUUAAUAAAUAUCCACUAGAGGGAGAACUUGUCAAGUCUCACAUUAUCAAGUUCAGUCAAGAAGAAUAUGGACUGUUGGCUCACAUGCUGCUCAUUUUUACAAUCCGUUCUACUGAAGAUCCUGAAACCACUAAUACAAUUAUCCAACAUGUUCUACAUAAAAAGCUGAACAAUGCAGUAGGACCCCCUAAGGUUAAUCCUGAUUCAGUUCAAAUUAAAAAAAUCAACAAGACAGAAUCAGACAGCUAUCUGAACAGUUGCUGUGGGACCCGAAGGGUUCCAUCGGCGAAAGAGAGCGUCAGGAUUGUUGGUGGCACGGAGGUAGAAGAGGGAGAAUGGCCGUGGCAAACCAGUCUGCAGUGGGAUGGGGUCCACCGCUGUGGAGCGACUCUAAUCAACGGUUCAUGGCUUGUGAGUGCUGCUCACUGCUUUCAAAAGUACAAGAACCCAGCCAGAUGGACUGCUUCCUUUGGAGUAACAAUAAAUCCUCCAAAAAUGAAGAGAGGCCUCCGGAGAAUAAUUGUCCACGAAAAAUAUAAACACUCCUUGCAUGAUUAUGAUAUUUCUCUUGCAGAGCUUUCUAGCCCAGUUCCUUAUACAAAUGCAGUGCAUAGAAUUUGUCUUCCUGAUGCAACCCAUGAGUUCCUCUCAGGGGAAGAGCUGUUCGUGACAGGAUUUGGAGUAGUACAAAAUAAUGGUAAUGCUCAGAAUCAUCUUCGGCAAGUACAGAUCAAUCUCAUAGACACAAAAACUUGCAAUACCCCUCAAGUUUACAAUGGUGCUAUAACUCCAAGAAUGUUAUGUGCUGGUUCCUUAAAAGGAAAAAGAGAUGCAUGCCAGGGUGAUUCUGGAGGACCAUUGGUUGGUGCUGAUGCUAGGGACAUCUGGUACCUUGCUGGAAUAGUGAGCUGGGGCGAUGAAUGCGGGAAGCCCUACAAGCCUGGUGUUUAUACGAGAGUGACUGCGCUGCGGGACUGGAUCACUUCCAAAACGGGUAUCUAGGGAAAACCCGUGCAACAAAACUUCUUUCUGUAUGUGAUAGUUCAUUUUUAGAGAUGCAGAACUGCAGAAGAAGCCUUAACAGUCACAAAGACCUGGUCCAUGUCACUAAACUAUCUGGUUGAUGGACACUUUUCCACCCUAGCUCUUCUCCCAACAUGAGCAUCUGUGACUGCCAGAUGAGCUCUGCCCAAUGUGUGUUCAUAUGUUUUCUGGGCAUUUUCUGUCAUCAAAAUCUUGGCUUGUUGACAUAAGUUUUUCAUGCAAAUACACAAUUUGAAGCAAUGCCUUUCUUCAUUUUCUCAGUUUCUCUCAUCUCAGUAAAUUUUUAGUUUCAAGAUUUGGUACAAGGAAUGAAAGACAAGAUAAAAAGUGUUUCUUUAAUGUAUGGAGACAUAUUAGACGUUUUUCCUUUGCAUCCUAUGAAAAAUGAUCAUAUGAUGAAAGGUCAAGCAAAGGGAGGCAGCAACUACUUAACACCUCAUAAUGGAAAAGAAUGGAAACUAAUUUAAGGAAAUAUAGAGAGAAACCACUGUGUAGCUUUGCAAAUUUCCAGUCAAGUGACUACCUAGAAAAAAGCAAAAACAGUUCUGUUUUAUUAUGACUACAAUAAUUAUACAAACUUUGUAUAAUGUACUUCUUUUGGAUAAGUUAAAACAGUAUUUAUUUAACAGGAAAUUCCUGAGGAUGUUGACACAAAACAAUGAAAUGAUUUAGUCAUCUAUUUGCUUGACAUUGUAGCAUAAUCUAUGAAGAUGUGGAAGACAUGGAAAAUGUAACCAGUCAGUAGACUGAAAAGUCUUAAACUUUGAGGCUAGAAUGAGAAUAUAUUACAGAACAAUUAGCACACCUUGUGUGGUGAAAGUAAUUGCGUGGUUGAAGAAGAGAGAAUGAAGGCAGCAUGAGGCAACUAUUGACUGGAUUUGAGUUAACUAAAUGGCAUCACUAAAUGCUUGUGCAUCUCAACCUUUCCUGUGCUGGAAAGGGUUAAGGGGCAUAAGGUCCAGGCAUUAGCAUGCUGCUGUAUUUGCAUUCAAACUGGGCUCGGUCCUCAUUUGAGAGAUCACAGAUGUGCUUCCUUGUUGUUUCUAGUUUGCCCAUGGACAGUGGUCCUGUUAGACCCAUCUGGCUUGAGAUGGGAGAAUCGCACAAGGCAGAUAACCUGGUAGCCCCCUCUGUGAUGCAUCUAGUACAACACUGUAUUGCUGACUUCUUGGAUACAGACAGGAGAGGAAAAGUUGAGCAUGGGCUGACUUUGUCAUUUUAGUUUUUAUAGAUUAUUCUGAGCCCUUCAAGACACAAUAGUCAAGUGAUUUGGACCAAAAUGAAGUUAGGACUGGUGCCAUAUUGACAUAUUGAUGGCAAGAUGCAGUAGUCUUUCAGCUGCCCUUUCCUUUACAGAAUAUACAAGUGAUCUGAAAGGAUUGGCAUAUGCACUAAUUAAAUUUAGACAUUUGUUUAAAAUCAGAUUUGAAAACUGACUUGAAUUAAUGGUGUUGAGUGUUUUACAUACUUUGUGUUCCAUUUAAUAAGAUGUUUUGGGGAAACUGAGAGAAAUGAUUACAGUGGACCCUUGACUUAUGAGCUCAAUUCAUUCGUGAGGGCUGGUUGUAACUCAGGUUGGUGGUAAAUCAAGACUAUCCUUGCCACAAAAAAUGAUGGAAAUACCCAUAAUGUGUUCUGAACAUCCAAAGCACUUCUUAACUAACCUUUUUUGGUUAAAAAAAAAAAAAAAGGUGGUAUAAUAUGCUUAAUUUACCAGACAAACCCAUAAUUUUCCUAGUGUGUUCACCAGAAAGUUAUAUAAUGUUCCUAGUUCACCAGAAACAACAAUUUCAUACUGUAUUCACCAUUUAAGUUGAAGGGAGGAUGGAAUGAAGGUGGUUACUGUUUGGAAGGAGAGUCUCCUUCCAUAAGAACAUCAGGAAUCUGGGCUCAGACUGACACUUACACUUGUUUUUCUGGCAUCACGAGUCUUUAUUUACAACCACACAAGCCGCUGGUCAGGUCGUAACUCAAGACUUUGGUCAUAGGUUGAACCUAAAAUUCUGCUGUCCAUAUGUGAGGCCGGGCCUAAAUCAAGGGUCCACUGUAAGUUAAAACAAGACUGUAGGUGCAUUUCAAAGUAACUUUCAGUGUUCCCUUAAAAUGUGAGUCCCAAGUAUAUUCUGCAAUUUGACCCCGGUGUAGCAUUCUCUACUCUGUAAGAAGGUACAGGAAAGAAGGAAACCUGGAUUUAAGAAUAUCUUCAAGUAAUAAUGAAAACUAUAGUAGAAAUUCUGAAUUAGGAUUUUGUAAAGCCAAAGAAUAUAAUUUAUCUUUUUAUAAUGCUAGCACCAUUAUUAGCAUGAUGUCAGCAUCAUUACUAUUUUCUAGAUUUCUGGGAAUUAGAUUCCAAACUCAAAUAAAAUUUACAGCCCAUGAUUUGAGAAACUCCCAUACAAACUUGGAAAGAUCUAAAUUAAAGAGAAAUUCUUGGAGUUUUAUUUUACAAUGGCAUUGUAUUCCUCAGACAAAUAUGGCUGGUAUUUCUGUCUAGAAAAGAUUUAAGAAUUAGAGUGUGAGCCACAGUGAAGAUAUGAACACUUGGUCAAACUUUAUGUGCAUAGAGAAACAGAUAACACGAUAAUAUUCUUAAAAUAGUAAUUUAUUUUGAAGAAUAAUAUAGUAAGGGUUUUAGUAUUCCUGAACGUACCUGUCAUAGCCAUUUUUUCCCCCAAUACUAGAGAUGGAACCCAAGUCUUUUGCACUGAGCUACAUCACCAGCCUUUUUUUAUACUAUUAUUAUUUAUUAUUAU